CCUGGGUGAUGGGCAACGUGAUGGAGGGAAAGACGGUGGAGGAUCUGAGCAGCACCGAGUGCCAUCAGUGGUACAAGAAGUUCAUGACCGAGUGCCCCUCUGGCCAGCUCACCCUCUACGAGUUCCGCCAGUUUUUCGGCCUCAAGAACCUGAGCCCGUCAGCCAACCAGUAUGUGGAGCAGAUGUUUGAGACCUUUGACUUCAACAAGGACGGCUACAUCGACUUCAUGGAGUACGUGGCGGCGCUCAGCCUGGUCCUCAAGGGGAAGGUGGAACAGAAGCUGCGCUGGUACUUCAAGCUCUACGACGUCGAUGGCAACGGAUGCAUCGACCGCGACGAGCUUCUCACCAUCAUCCGGGCCAUUCGAGCCAUUAACCCAUGCAGCGACUCAACCAUGACUGCGGAGGAGUUCACGGAUACAGUGUUCUCCAAGAUUGACGUCAAUGGGGAUGGGGAACUCUCCCUGGAGGAGUUCAUGGAGGGCGUCCAGAAGGACCAGAUGCUCCUGGACACACUGACACGAAGCCUGGACCUUACCCGCAUUGUGCGCAGGCUCCAGAAUGGCGAGCAGGAUGAGCCGGGGGCUGGUGAUGGGGCAGCGGGGGCAGCCGAGGCAGCCGGCUGA